AACCAACUUCUGGACACAUUUUAAAGAAAAAAAGGGAAAAAAAGAAGCGAUGUUUAGCGACAUGAAGGUUGCAGCGGCUCUGAUGCCCCUUUUGCUAGGGUCAUCCAGCGCAGCAGUUUUCCCACGCCAAGCCAACACUACUGCUGCCUGCGAGCAGCUCGCUGCCGCGUUCCCCAAUCAGAUGUAUGCGCCUAAUACGGCCAAUUACACACUAAACGCUAUAGACAAUAUCUGGUCCAUGACCUGCCAACUGGCCCCAAGCUGUGUCUUCACACCGACCACCGCGGAAGAUGUAUCCAAGGCAGUAGGUAUCAUCCAUGAUACCCAGGCGGUCUUCAGCGUCGUGAGCGGCGGCCAUAUGCCAGUCCCCGGGGCCCAGACCAAUAACGGCGGCGUCGUGAUCGCCAUGGUUAGCAUGAACACACUAGAGCUCAACGAUGACCACUCUGUUGCGUCUAUCGGCCCUGGCAACCGCUGGCAAGGCGUGUAUGACUGGCUAGCAAACUACGGGCUCGCCGUCGCUGGUGGGCGUUACUCCAACGUUGGUGUCGGCGGUAUCCUACUCGCCGGCGGUAUAAGCUUCUUUGGUGACCAUGUUGGUUGGGGUGUCAACACAAUUGUCGGGUAUCAAGUCGUCUUAGGCAACGGAACAAUCAUCGAAGUGAGCAAUGGGUCGUAUUCCGACCUGUCCUGGGCCCUCAAGGGCGGUGGGAAUAACUAUGGCAUCGUUACCCGCUAUGACAUGAAGACAUACCCUACGACGAGCGCCUAUGGCGGUAUCCUCAUCUGGGAGGGUGAGGAUACGUUGGCGGAGAUGGCCGCAGCUGGGGACAACUUCUACCUUUCUCCCGAAGGAUUAGCUUCUGCCCAAACACACAUCAACCCAAGUUAUACUGUCUCCCGACAGGACAACGGCACCAUGCUGUGGCAGUCUGUUUUGGUAACACUUUCGAACGGUACUUUCGACGGGGAGCCAUCGUCGCUGGUCAAUUUUACCGCCAUUGACGCACCUUCCGUCGGCUCUGUCCAACAGUUUGACAGCUGGGUCGACAUCCCCAGUCUCGUCCAGGAGUACAACACCGCAGACGUAAACGGACACGGACAGCUGUUUGGCUGCCUAGCAUCUACCAUCACCACGAGAAUCACCCAGCUCAUGAUCGACACGAUCCUAAAGGCGGCUGUGGACGAGUUGAGCGACGUCAACGGCCUCUUCGUCGCGAUCAGCCCCGAGCCGAUUAGCACGAACUGGCUGCAGGCUGCGCAGGAUGCGGGAGAAUACGCCAUCGACCUGGACCCCUCAGAAGGACUUCUUGUUCUCCUGAUGACCGUGACGUGGGUUGACGCUGCCGACGAUCAGAAGACCUUGGACUUCGUGAACAGCUCGCUUACCAAACUCAAGCAAUCCUUGGAGGAUGCUGGCACCUAUCGCCAAUUCAUCUACAUGGGCGACGCAGCCCCAGGACAGGAACCCUACUCCACCUAUGGAAAGGGGGAUGGAGCAAACGUGGACCGCCUGAACAGCGUGCAAGCUGCGUACGACCCCUUGGGAGUUUUCAAGAAUCUGAUCACCAGCGGGUUUAAGCUAUAAUGCAGCACAGCCGCGUAAACUUGUACUCUUUUGUUCUAUGUAUUAUAUUACCUACUGUUUAACCUGCUACUUACCUAGGUACCUAGGCUGUUAUAUUAUAUAGAGCUAGAUCUUCAUAAAUCAGAUUUACAAACUCG